AGUUGAGUUGUUGCCCUAGCCGCGAACGGGUCGCAUUCGCAUUCCAAUCAGCUCAUCAAACGGCCAAAAAGCACCAGAUCCCAAAAGCUCUAAUUAUUGCAUUUAUUCGAUUGUAAUUAAAUUAAUAUGGAUCGUAGGUUACCUAGCCCCUUUCUGUGUCGUCCCUGGAUGAUCGACAGAGGAGCCGCCGCGGGAGCUGGCGGCUCCAAGGGACUCAAGGGUAUCGUUGCCGGUGGCAUAACUGGCGGCAUUGAGAUCUGUAUAACAUAUCCCACCGAAUACGUGAAAACGCAACUGCAGCUGGACGAGAAGGGGGCCAAUAAGCGAUACAACGGCAUUGCCGAUUGUGUCAAGAAGACGGUGCAACAGAAGGGAUUCUUUGGUCUCUAUCGCGGUCUGAGCGUCCUCCUGUACGGCAGCAUACCCAAAUCAGCAGCCAGAUUUGGUGCAUUUGAAUUCCUGCGUUCACACGCCGUCGAUUCUUCGGGCCAGCUGAGCACAGCGGGCAAGCUGCUCUGCGGCCUGGGUGCUGGCGUCUGUGAGGCUGUCAUCGCUGUCACGCCCAUGGAGACGAUCAAGGUGAAGUUCAUCAAUGAUCAGCGCAGUGCGAAUCCCAAGUUUAAGGGCUUUGCCCAUGGCGUCGGACAGAUUGUCAAGGCGGAGGGUAUCAGUGGCAUUUACAAGGGUCUCACACCAACGAUCAUGAAGCAGGGCUCCAACCAAGCCAUUCGCUUCUUUGUCAUCGAAUCCCUGAAGGAUAUGUACAAGGGUGGUGAUCAAAAUAAGCCAGUGCCAAAAUUGAUUGUGGGCGUUUUCGGUGCGAUUGCUGGUGCCGCCUCAGUGUUUGGCAACACACCGUUGGAUGUGGUCAAGACGCGCAUGCAGGGUCUGGAGGCAUCCAGGUACAAGAAUACGGCGGAUUGUGCAAUGCAAAUAAUGAAGAACGAGGGCUUGGGCGCAUUCUACAAGGGCACCGUGCCGCGUCUGGGUCGUGUGUGUCUCGAUGUGGCCAUAACAUUCAUGAUCUAUGACUCCUUUAUGGAUCUGUUCAACUCCGUUUGGAAGGGCUAAAGCGGAUUUAUUCCUAUCGUGCAUGUUACUUUGACCUAAAUUUGACCUAGUCAACUGUUACAAUAUUUGAUACAACCCAAAUCACACACACAACACACACACACAACAAGUAGGCAAACUCACACACACAAGCAAGAUUUUAUGGGAAUUAUUUCGAUUGCAUUUAUUGUAUAAAUAAAAUGUGUCUGUGCAUUUAGUAA